AUCCGGCCCCGCCGGAAUAAGAGGCUACCGGAGGGCGGCGGAGCGGAGCGGAGCCGCGUACUGAAGUCCCGCGGAGCCUGGCGGGUUCUGCGCUCUCCCGCCUUGUCACCCCCAUGGAUAAAUACAGAGCUCUCGAGCAGCUGCUCACAGAACUCGAGGAUUUUCUGAGGAUCCUGGACAAGGAGAACUUGAGCAGCACUGCAGUUGUGAAGAAGAGCUUCCUCUCCGACCUUCUGCGGCUCUACACCAAGUCCAGUGGUGGCGAUGAGGAAUAUAUUUAUAUGAACAAAGUGACCAUCCAUAAACAGCAGAGUGACCAGGAGAAACAAGACAAAGCACUGGAUCGGAGAAACUCCUUGACCAAUGGAGACUCUGGACUGCACUCGUCCCCUCCUCAGAAGAGCCUGCCAGACCUCCCCCCUCCAAAGAUUCCUGAAACAAAACAACCUCCAGUGCCCAAGAUCGAGUCCCCAGAGGGGUAUUAUGAAGAGGCCGAGCCCUAUGAUGUCUCUGUGAAUGAAGAUGGUGAAGCUGUUAGCAGUUCCUAUGAAUCUUAUGAUGAAGAAGAGAGCAGCAAAGGCAAGUCAGCAACCCAUCAGUGGCCAUCCACGGAGGCCACCAUCGAGCUGAUGAAGGAUGCCCGCAUCUGUGCCUUCCUCUGGAGGAAGAAGUGGCUGGGACAGUGGGCAAAGCAGCUGUGUGUUAUCAAGGACACCAGAUUGCUGUGCUACAAGAGCUCCAAAGACCACAACCCUCAGCUCGAUGUGAACUUGCUGGGCUGCACUGUCAUUCACAAGGAAAAGCAAGUGAGGAAGAAGGAGCACAAGCUGAAGAUCAUCCCCAUGAACGCCGAUGUCAUCGUGCUGGGGCUGCAGAGCAAAGACCAGGCAGAGCAGUGGCUCAGGGUGAUCCAGGAGACCAGCGGUCUGCUCUGUGAAGGAGGCGGCGAGGGGAACCAGUACAUCCCAGACUCACAGCGUCUCACUUACCCAAAGGUGGAGGUAUGUGAGAGGUACUCUGCAGCCUCUGAGAGCGGGAGCAGCACGGACGGGCCCCCGGAGCCAGCCGAGGCAAAAGAUGUUAAGAAGAAGGGCACAACUGGCCUGAAACUGAGCAACUUGAUGAACCUCGGGAGAAAGAAAUCCAGCUCCUUGGAUAGCCCAGAGAGAUCCCUGGAGACUUCAAGUUACCUGAAUGUGCUAGUGAACAGCCAGUGGAAGUCCCGUUGGUGUCAGAUAAAAGAUGGUCACCUCCAUUUCUACCAGGACAAGAACCGAAGCAAACUGGCUCAGCAGCCCCUGAGCCUGGCAGGUUGUGAAGUUAUCCCAGAGCCAAGCCCGGAUCAUCUCUACUCCUUCCGCAUCCUGCACAACGGGGAAGAACGUGUCAUUCUGGAGGCAAAGUCCUCGGAGGAAAUGGGCCACUGGCUGGGCCUCCUCUUGUCGGAGUCAGGUUCAAAAACGGACCCAGAGGAGUUCACCUACGACUACGUGGAUGCUGACCGGGUUUCCUGCAUCGUCAGCGCCGCAAAGAACUCCUUCUUCUUGAUGCAGAGGAAGUACUCGGAGCCCAACGCCUACAUCGACAACCUGCCCAAGGGCCGGGUGCCCCAGGAGGAGCUGUACGACGACGUGGAUCUGCCCGAGCUGCCAGCGGAAGAAGUACCCAAGAAUGAGGGCAAAUUCGAGGGGGAACAAGACAGAGUGUACCUGGAUCUCACCCCAGUAAAGUCCUUCCUACACUGUGCUGGCAAGAAGUCAUGCCAGCCUUCACCCCUCAGCUCACCAUCUUUAGAAAGGGCUGCCAACAGAGCUGCAGCAGAGAGCACAGCUGAGACAGCCCCCGGGGCCAAGGAAGCUGAGCCCUGCACCAAGGUGGUGGAGACCUCAGAGCAGAAACCCCCUGAGAAGCCAGAGCCCGAGGAGGCUGUGCCCCGGAUGCCUGCUGUCAAAAUCCAGGCACAGCAGCAGAACAUCGCCUUCCCCCAGCCAGCCCCCGAGCUGCCAGCGGGCACAGCCACGGCGGGCACAGCCACGGCGGGCACAGCCACGGCGGGCAGUCCCCAGCUGGGGCCUGCACACCGGCCCAAGAUGCCACUGCCAGCAGCAGCUGUGGAAACCAAGCUGGGCAAGAACAGGACAGAGGCAGAAGUGAAGCGGUUUACAGAGGAGAAGGAGCGGCUGGAGAAGGAGAAGGAUGAAAUCCGGGCCCAGCUGACCCAGCUGCGCAAGGAGAAGCGGGAGCUGAAGGAGAUGCUCGGGAGCAGCACAGACAAGAGCCUGGAGCAGAGACUGAAGGAGAUAGAAGAAGAAUGCAAAAGGAAGGAGAGUCGGAGGGUAGACCUGGAGCUGAGUCUGGUGGAGGUGAAGGAGAACCUGAAGAAGGCAGAGUCCGGCCCCGUGACGCUGGGCACUGCCGUGGACACCACACACCUGGAGAACACGGCCCCUCGGAUUCAGGCAAAAAGUGCCAGUCCAGCAGCCAGCACUGAGAACUCGCCAGUCAACUCAGCCACGGCUUUAAAAAACCGACCUCUGUCCGUCAUGGUGACAGGGAAGGGAACAGUCCUACAGAAAGCAAAGGAAUGGGAGAAGAAGGGAGCAAGUUAGAACCACAUCUUUCCAGAGAUGGACUAAAGCCUGGAAUGGCCCACGUAGAGCCAAGGGGAUUCAGUCAUCUGUAGGUGGAGGUUGGGUGUGCAGCACAACCACCCCCCAGCGCCGCCUCCACGUCACGCCCAGCGCUGGGCCCCGGAGCGGCGGGGGAGGCACCGUGGCAACACGAGUUACCCCACAUCACCUUCCUCCUUCCAGACAAGUCCCAAUCGUGUAGCUAGAACAAUAACAACCAGUGGCAUCAAAUUCCUAACCCAGCUGAUGUAAACAAGAGUGUUACUGUACAUAGGGGUGGUUUGUGUCUUUCUGCUCUGGAGGUUUCUCAGUGAGUCCUUAUGGUUUCUGUAUUAGUGACAGUGGUGGGUUCAGAAGGGGCCUUGCUAUCCUUUAUACCCCAGUGGUUUUCAAAUCUGUCAUGGCAAACUGCAGCCAGCUAAAGUCUCACCUGUCUUGCUGCCAGUCAUCAUUCAGCUGUGUUUCAUCCAGCCUUCAGUCAAGGCUCGGCAACGCUCAAGACAUGAAUGGGAAGCACCCAGCAACCUGGACAGAGGAUUGUUCAUCGGUGAGUCCUGAUGCAUCCCAGCACGUUCUUCCUCCUGUGACAGAACACAGAGGAAGAUCCCUGGUGAGCUCUGCUACAGACUGGUGGCACCAAGAGCUCUAGGCAAAGAUCUGCCAAGCAGAUUCAGUUAAUUUUCUUGAAGAUCUUGGUCUACUGCACCUGACGAGUUUGUUCUGGGAAGAAAAAAAAUAAAUCACAUUUGAAGGUUUGUUAAUAACUUACCAAAGGCCCAAGGGCUGCUCAGCUGUGGGAUGGGGAAGCUGGAGCCCAACGUAUCCUUCAGGGCUUGCCCUUUCCUGGGGAGUUAGAGGGAAGGCCAUCCCUGUGCUCCUUGGCUGAGAGCACAUUGCUGAUGCUCUCUGGUUCUCACAAAGCCACAGCUGUACAAUCUGCUGCAGCCAUCUCCAUGCAAAAAGAGCCCCUCCACAGAGGUGGGGCUGAGCAACCCAAGCUGCUCUCCUCCAAGCCUGACAGGUGAGGCUGCCCUGGCCCAUGGCUGGUGGGAUGCUGCCCAUCUUGCUCCUGUCACCCUUCUUUCUCGAGCCUUUGGGCCCUGGCAGUGUGCCCCACAGAGCCCACACCUCUCUGCCCUAGCCCAGGCUGCUCAGGAAAGAUGUUGGAGAGGUGGGACUGCUAAACUGAGAGACACUGAGAUUUGAAGCAGGUAGGGGGAUGUCAGAAAUCCAUGCACCCUCUCCUCCCUGUAACCUGCUGUCAUCUCAGGGCCUGGAGCCACCUCUGCCUGUCUCCUGGGAUGGUCCUUCAGCCCUAGAGCCCAGGCUCAGUAACUGGCUUGGCGGUGCCACUACUGUAGCUGUUUUCCAACCCUGCAAAGCUAAAGCAGUACCAGUACCCUGCCUGGGUUGUUCCUGGGCUCCAGCUCAUGGAUGAGCAGAUGGGGUCAAGACACAGAGGCAAAAUCUACCUUCCUAACUCCUGAAAACCUUUGAUAGGCCUGAGACCACCUCUAAAGGGAUGCUCCUUCACACAGAGGCCCAACAGGCGGGGUGGGUGUGCAGGGCUGUGACACCUGGAGCUGGUGGUGGCGCUGGGGAGAGUGAGGAUGUGCUAAGGAGGAGCCCUGGCCUUGUCUGCCACCACCCUGGAGCCACAGUGCAACAAAGCACUUGGUCAGGGUAGCGUGGAGGCAAGAAAUGGGGCCUCAUUCCCUUGGAAGCCUCUGCUGCGGCGCAGAUGGAGGAACUGCUGCUCCCAGGCCUCAGGAGGAGUACAGCAGCCCCAGCUGCCAGGCCUGUCCCAGGGCAAGGUCUGCACCCUCUCCAAGCUUUUGUUUUGACCCAUGCUGAGCCGGCAGGAGACCUUCUCUACACCCAAAAUGUAUGUUUAAGUACUAUGCCCUCACCCUCCACCCUGCUGCCAUCCUCCAGAAGUUGUUCAGACCUUUCCCAGGGGUCCUGAGACAGCGAUGGAGGAGAGCAGCCCUGCUCUCCCCACCACAGCCUGGCAGUGGGGCCGUGGGAUAUCUCCAUCAGGGGAUGGUAAAUGGAGGCAAAGCCUGAGCAACACACAGCCCCCAAGACAAGAAACCUUGAACAACGUCUCUGUGUCCCCGUUGUUUUCCUAACUCAAAGCAUUUCCUUGUUGUAACUGUGACCUAUAAAGUGGCGCUUUAGAGGGUUUUAUAAUAAAACAUUGAGUAUA